AUGAUUUUAGGUCCUAAAGAAGCAUCGAGGUCUUUACAUCAAGUUCAGUGGUGUCAUUGUCCUACUAAUGAUAUUUUGCGAGAUAUAGAAAGAUUAUAUAAUCAUGAGUUCGAGCAUGCAGAUGGGUUUCGUAAUGAAUAUUCUGUCGAAGAUAAAAGAGCUCUAGAAAUAGUUAAUAGUUCCUUUAGACUGCAGGGUGGCUAUUUCCAAGUUGGUCUACCCUGGAAGUAUGAUAAGCCAAGGCUACCGAAUAAUUUGGAAGCAGCUGAACGUAGACUGGAGUGUUUAAGGAAGAGGUUUAUGAAGGAUAAUAGUCUUCUAGAGAAAUAUCAACUUGUAAUGAGUAAACAUUUAAGUAAAGGCUACAUCAUUGAAGCUAGUAAGGAGGAAUUCGACCGUGAUGCUGUUUGUUGGUAUAUUCCUCAUCAUCCUGUUAUCAACCCUAAAAAGCCUGGAAAAUUAAGAAUUGUUUUUGAUUGUGCAGCUGUCUAUCAAGAUUGUUCUGUUAAUGAUCAGCUUUUGAGAGGACCAAGUACUGUAAAUAGUUUUAUUGGUUUACUUCUACGAUUCAGAUUAUGCAACGUAGCAUUAGCCGCUAAUUUCGCUCUUGGGAAGACGGUAGAUAUAUUCGGAAAGGAAUUGAAUAAAGUUGUCCAGGAAGUUGUAGAUAAGAGUUUUUAUGUCGACGACUAUUUAACUUCAAUUGAUAAUGUGCAGGAUGCAAUCGAGCUUGCAACAACCCUUGGUUUACUCCUCAGAAAAAGUGGGUUCAGACUUACCAAGUGGAUAAGUAACUGUUUACAGGUUCUCGAAUCAAUUCAUCCAGAAGAGAGAGCAGAAGCUGUAAAAGAGAUUGACUUUGAGAGACUUUCUACGGAACGCACAUUGGGAUUAUUUUGGAAUACUACGGUUGAUGUGAAUAAUAAACGUGAUCCUAACGAGAGUGAAAUCACUAUAGGUAGUGCUGUUUCUUCGGUUGCUGUUACUAAUGUAGCUUCUUUGAGUACUUCGGAUCAAGACGAAAUUGGAUGUUUGAGCGUGGAGAAUAUAGACGUCGGUGGCAAUAGCGUUAGCCACAGUGAUGGCACUACUGAGGGGGCUAACAUUCGGUACCCUAGGUGCGAUGAGGAGUCAUCUAGCAUGAGGAAUCGAGCACGGAAUUGUCCACCUGUCGCACUCCACCAUCAUUGA